CGUGCGCGCGCCAGCGCCAGUCGCUCGAGAACUUCCUUGUUGUAAAAAUGGCGGAUACCGCUUCAAAAAUGGUACUUCGUACAACCUUUAAAUAUACUACGUUACGGGACAAUGUGUCUAGUUUUCGUCCGUGACCGUCUUGUGUCCGAACGUGACGUCCUGUGUUUGUCCGGGUGUUGGUUACAGAGACUGUCGAUACGGGUUUUCCUUUGAUUCGCCGAGUUACAGUGCUGCUACGAGAGAAUGCUGCUCCCAAUAUCGGUGGCCUUGCUCUCGGUCGAAAGCAUUGCGAGAUUAUCUGAGGUUACAGUUUAUUUAGGAAUGCUGCUAUUCAUAAUCUUCCUCAUAUGGAGGUGCUUUAAGAAAGCUCCUGUCUACGAGGUGCCAGCAUGGGACAUCACCAAGGGUCACCGUUGGUCUGUAACGGACAUCCUUAGCCGCACAGGAUACUGUAGCGUCUGUGAGAAUCUCAUUGUGGAUGGCCUCUUCUGCGACUGCUGUGGCAUGUGUGUGGAUCACUGCUGUCGGCGUGUAGCGGACAAAAAUUUCGGAUGCAAGGUUCUGUCCUGCGGCGGCGAUUCCAUCAAUCAUCAUUGGGUAAAAGGCAAUACCUCUCCAAACAGCCAGUGUACGGUGUGUGACGAGCUGUGUGGACUGGAGGCAGCCCUGACUGACUUCCGGUGCUGCUGGUGUCAGCGGACGGUGCACACCGGGUGCACGGGCAAGCUUGCUGAGGUGUGCGACCUGGGGCGGCACCGGGCAUGUGUGGUGCCACCAUACUGCGUUCGACUGCGCAUGGUUGGCUGGAAAGGGAGGCGCCACCUGGUUGUGCGCGGCGUCAGCCCUCCAAGCUACAGCCCCUGGAGCCCGCUUAUUGUAGUGGCCAAUCGUCGCAGUGGCAACAAUGAUGGCGAGCAUGUGCUCAGUGCCUUCCGUGGCAUCCUCAAUCCAGCACAGGUGGUGGACUUGAAUGAUUUGCCACCAGAAUCGGCACUCAAGUGGUGCCACCUGAUCAAAGGUCACACAUGUCGGAUCAUCGUGGCUGGGGGUGAUGGCACAAUCAACUGGAUUUUUACUGUCAUAGACAGGCUGAAGCUAGAGCCUCUUCCUCCUCUCUGCGUCCUGCCACUGGGCACUGGCAAUGACUUUGCACGGGUCUUUGGCUGGGGCGAGGGCUACAGCUCAUCAGACAUCAAUGUCAUCGACGUCGUGGACAGCAUUAACCAAGCUAAAGUGGAGAACAUUGACCGGUGGAGAGUCCACAUAUCUCCCCACCGGCGAUUGGGAUUUGCACCACCAUGUCAAGAAAUGUACAUGACCAACUAUUUCUCUGUUGGCGUUGAUGCCCUGGUUACCCUCAACUUCCAUAAGACACGGCAGUCCUGGCUCUACUUUUGGAAAAAUCGCCUUUUCAACAAGUUCCUGUACAUCACGUAUGGCACCCGUGACUUGCUUGAAAAAAAGUGCCGGGACCUUCCGCGCAAGGUGCGCCUUUGGCUGGAUGGAGAGCCCAAAAAUCUGGAGCAUCUGGAGGCUAUCACCGUGCUCAACAUCCCUUGCUGGGGCGCAGGCGUACGACCAUGGCACAUGGGUGCAGGAGGUCAGCUGGCUCAGCCUCAGAGGUAUGAUGAUGGUCUCGUCGAAGUAAUAGGCCUAUACUCAUCCUUUCACGUGGCACAGCUUCAGGUCGGUAUAUCUGAACCUGUACGACUUGGGCAAGCAAAGGAAGUCAAGUUGGAGUUGCUGGAACAUCUUCCCGUGCAAGUGGACGGCGAACCCUGGGAACAGGCUCCUGCCACCCUGCUCAUCACAUUCCACUGCCAGGCAGCCGUGCUUGUGAACCAGGGUGAACCCCAGUCAUGAGCAUGCAACCUCACAGAAGGAAGCGUUGUCGUCUGGGAGAAGCAUGGCACUUCUUGCUCACCAGACCAUGCUACCAACAUGUUGGGUUAGCUUCUGCAACCUGCGCUGCUUCAGUGCAAGACUUUGGACGCCUAUGCUUCCAUUCUGGUAUAUGUUCGUUAAUGUAUUUAGACGUUUUCAUGUGCUACGCAGUGACGUGAAAUUGUUGAUUAUGGGAAGUAACUGCUGGUGGGCACAAGUGACUGGUUGUGACCAACAUUCUGCCUCAUUAUUUUUUGCUGGAGGCACUUCAUUCCAAGUGCCGAUUUGUUUUACGGUAAUUUAUUUUUGUGAUUUCGUGAAUUUUUCUGUUCGCCCUGCAAUACUCAGUCUUGUGAAAUCUAAAGCCUCUUUUGUUGCAACCUGGUUACAGGGUGGUCGCAGAGCCAGAGCAAUUGCUUUUUUGAACCUAUUUGUUUUGUUUUUUUAAUUUUAGCUAUUGUGGAAUAAUUUCAAACCGAAACAUACAGAAUAAGUUUAAUGGUCUUUACAUGUUACAGCUCAGGGCUGUUUGAGGCUGGAUAAGCAGAGAAGAAUGAAUAUAAUGACAGUGGGAUAAGCUAAUAAUUCGAGUUUUAGUAUAUGCAUGGAGGGCCUUGGCCAACAUAAUACCAGAACUAAGCGCACACUCCUCCAUGUGUCUAGUAUACUUUCAUGCGCCCCACUGGGCUUGUAUUGAGUAGUUACACUCGCUUAUGAUACAUGUUUCUCAAGUUGUCACUGAAUGCUGUACAGUAAAAGCAAGUGUCAAAUAUAUGAAAUAUGUGCAGGUGCUCGUUGUUGCUGCUGACACAAUUUUCGGUUAGUAAUGCUAGUAUUUUGGCUGAGGUUGAACAGCCUGAAUAAAACAAGGACAAUAAGGAACAAAUACCACAGACAAGUGAUAAUUCAACCUCGCGCUGUUCAACCUCAGUCCUAAAUAUGAACCAACUAGCCCUCAUCAAGCUCUUAUUAAAGCAAAUAUGUUGGUUGGCGUCGACAGGAUGUGCACGCAGUAAAUGUAGCUGCAGUGUAGCAGAGUCAACAAUAUGCUUACUGCACACUGUGUUUGCAAAGGAUGACGAAGUUGCUAAUAAAUGUUCAUUUGAUUGUGAUGCUGUUCAUCGCUUUUGUUGAGCAGUUGGAUCUGUGAAAUUAUACGCAGUAUCUUUUAUAUUGCUGUUAACAUUUGCAUGCAAAGUUAUUUGUACACGCUGUUCAUCGAAGUGGUAAUAUGCUACUAUGUAUUAUCUUAAUCACCACAUUAUGUGUUGAACACCAUGUACUGCAGUGCAGUUUUGUUAAUUUGCUAUGUGAGGAAUUGUGUAUUCUAAUAGAGUUCCCUUGUACUUGUAAAAAAAUGAAUUGCAAUUUAUGUUUGUUUGUACUUUCAAUGGGCAAGCACUCAGGCCAAUACUGUUGACAUGCCUUUUGUUGAAGCCCUAUCACAAGGCCGUUGUAAUUCUUAUCGGGUAUACCUGUAUACUAUAGGUAAUAUGUAUACUAUGGUAACUGCAUUUGAAUCAAAGUAGUUUAAUGUGACAUUAUUAGGGAUGGACAAAUAGUGAACUUGAGGUUCGAAGCGAACUUGAAGCAGGUAGUGAUUUGAUCGAAUAAUUUCUAAUCGAAUAUAUCACAUAUCAUCAAGAAAAAGGCGCAUUUUUAUCAUGACCCGACUUAUCUACACAAUUUUUUUUAAGAAUUACAACUCAUUUAGGCAGAGCAUACUGCUUUCCUUUACUGCAUUCACAAGUGUUCGUGCAAAAAUACUAGCUGCUCCCCAUGGUCUGGGAGCAGCAGUUUCUGUCGACUGCUAACAUUUCCUGCUGUUGAAAACAGCCUCUCAGUCCUUGCCUGUCUGGCAGGAAUUGAGAGGUACUUUUGUGCCACCUUGGCGAGCACUGGGUACAUCCGGCUGCCAUGGCUCUUCCAACACUUCAAAGGGUUUUCUCACCGUGGAAGCGCAGGAGCACCGAGUAGCCUGCCACUUGGCAAUGAACACUUUCAUGUGCACUGUUUUGCACCAUGUUAGAGCUUAAUGAAGAAAGAACACUCCACAGUGUGUUAGUUGCAGGCUUCUCCAUGUCGGGGCUAGCAUGAACUUAUUUGCUGCAGUCGCAAGUGCAGCUUUUGCCAACUUUUUUUUACUCUCUUCAGUGUAGCAAAUGUCUUUGUGGCGAGGACCAACUAGCAUUGCGUUUGCUGAAAUAUGUGCCAUUUUAAGCCAGGAAACCUCGCUGCAAGACUGCGCAGAAGGCUCUUUGCAAAUCAUGCUGCUUCAUGACCUUCAGACACAUGCAGCACCACUUGUGUACAAUGCACAAGAGGUAUCGAUUGGGAAAGUGUAGGAUAGCGGUCUGCGCAUAGUUCGAUCGUUGCUUGGUCUAGGGGCUGCACCACUUUUACAGCCGCAGUGAUUAAUUUCCAUUCUUUGGAACUCAAGUUGUACAUGUCAGAUUCACAAUGCUCAACUGAAACUGGGGCACAGUGCUUGAGGAGCCUAUCCAAUCAUGGCGUACUCGCUGUUCCUGCACGUGGGGAUGUCUUGAAUCACUUCAUGCUGGGCCAUGUGCAUGUCCUUUUGGAUGUCCAUAAGCAUUGACCACCCACAAUCGAUCGAUACUUUGCACAAAGCUGAGGAAAGCUUGCCACUUCCCCUUUGAUAAUCUAUUUUCGACUCUGUAAAAACGUACAGCCUUCGAGAUUUAGAUGUUGUAGGAUAGCCAUUACAUAUAAAGCAUAGCCUCCGAGACUUGCCCUGUCUGUCCGUGGCUUCUGGCUAACUAUUUGGGAGCGCCGAAUAACUUGAAGAUAUCAAACACUACCUGAAUUCGAAUCGAAGUGAAUAACGAAUAGAGAACAAUUCGAUUGAAUAUUCAAUGACACUGAAUACUAUUCGCGCAUCCCUAGACAUUAUUGAAUGCACAGUUAAAGUACAUGUUUACACAUACUUUUGAAAGUUUGUUAGCGGGCACUUGAUUGCAACUUUGAAACAGAUGUUUUGUGAGAGCACAUAUUAUAUCGUCUGUUAAAUGUCACACCUCGCAUAUUUGUGUUUGUCAGGCUAAUACUACAUAUCGAAAAACGCUGCUGUGCUGCUAUUAGUAGCAAUAAUAUCCUGACAAUUAGAUUUGUAUGCCAAGUUAUUGCACUAAGUGCAUGUGUUCAGUUCUUGCAUGUUGAAAAUGGGCUAAUAUUACACUGUAUAAGGUGACUGCAUGCCAUUGCAUCUGUACUCUGUGCGACAUGGAGGUGACAUUUUGCCUUGUGUAACAUUGCCCCUGUAUACUGCUGUGUAUGUCAUAAAUUCUAAGUUGUUGUCGCAUA